UCUUUUCUCCCUUUCAUUUGCUGUUUCCUCUGCCUCAAAUGCUCUCCUCCCAGGUCUUUGCAUGGCUGGUUCCUUCUGAGCUCUCAGCUCUCAACCUAAGCCAGAAAUGCCUCCUCUGACUGUCUUCUCCAAUGAUGCCCCCUGACAUCAGAGCACCGACUGCCAUCUGGCAUAGUCUUACUGAUUUACUUGUUUAUUGCUCAUUGUCUGUCUCCCCACUGGAAUGUGAGCCCCAGGAAGGCAGGGACCAUGUCUGCCUUGGUCUUCGCUGCAUCCCCAGCAUCAGAAUAGUGCCUUGCACUGGUCCUCAGCAAUUAGAAGACGCGCAGCACCUCUGCUGAGCUUUCAAACAAAGUCAUCAGGACUUAGGAUCUUCCCACCCGGCAGGGAAGAGAGGAGUUGGCAAGAAUUUGGAUCACCCAUUCCCCCUUCAGUCCUCUGGUGUUGCGGAGCACUGGACUUCCACCAUGACUGACACUGUGCUCAGCAACAGCUCCAACCGUUGGGUGUGUCCCAGUGAUCGACCCCUUCAAUCAAAUGAUAAAGAACAGCUCCAGGCAGGCUGGUCCGUCCACCCUAGUGGCCAGCCGGACAGACAGAAGAAGCAGGAAGAGCUGACAGAUGAGGAGAAGGAAAUCAUCAACAGGGUAAUCGCUCGAGCUGAGAAGAUGGAAGAGAUGGAGCAAGAGCGAAUCGGGCGCCUGGUGGACCGCCUGGAGAACAUGAGGAAGAAUGUGGCUGGGGAUGGCGUGAACCGCUGCAUACUGUGUGGAGAACAGCUGGGGAUGCUGGGCUCUGCCUGUGUCGUGUGUGAGGACUGUAAAAAGAACGUCUGCACCAAGUGUGGGGUAGAGACCUCCAACAACCGCCUGCAUCCCGUGUGGCUUUGCAAAAUCUGCAUCGAGCAGAGAGAGGUGUGGAAGCGUUCUGGAGCAUGGUUCUUCAAGGGCUUCCCCAAACAGGUCCUCCCACAGCCCAUGCCUAUAAAGAAGACCAAACCCCAGCAGCCUGUCAGCGAGCCUGCAGCCCCUGAGCAGCCCACCCCUGAGCCCAAGCACGCUGCCCGGGCUCCAGCUCGAGGUGACACUGAAGACAGGAGGGGCCCAGGUCAGAAGCCAGGCGCUGACCUGGCCUCUGCUCCUGGGCAGGGAAGCUAUGGGCCUCCUGUACGCAGGGCCUCCGAGGCACGAAUGAGCUCAGCUGGCCGGAAUUCAGAGAGCUGGAACCACGGGCCCGGUGGGGCUGCUGGUGACUCCAGCCAGAGCCCAGGAGGUUUGAGACUGGCCAACUCAGUCCAGGCCUCCAGACCUGUCCCUGCCUCAGUGCAGAGCCCAGCACCUGCUCAGCCUGGGCAGCCAGGACCUCCAGGAGGCAGCAGACCUGGCCCCGGGCCUGCAGUACGCUUUCCAGAUCAGAGGCCAGAGGUGACUCCGAGUGACCCCGGCUAUCCAGGAGCCGCUGUCGUACCUCGGGAGGAGAGAACGGGGCCAGCUGGGGGCUACCCAGCGGUCGGAGCCAGGGAGGACCGAGUGGGCCACCCACCCGGCCCCUAUUCCCAAGCCACUGCUGCUGCCCCUCCACCUGCCGCAGCCCCCACCCGCCAGCCCCCACCCCCGGAAGAGGAGGAGGAAGAAGCCAACAGCUACGAUUCGGAUGAAGCAACCACCCUGGGUGCCCUGGAAUUCAGCCUUCUCUACAACCAGGACAACAGCUCCCUGCAGUGCACCAUCAUAAAGGCCAAGGGGCUGAAGCCCAUGGAUUCCAACGGCUUGGCCGACCCCUACGUUAAGCUGCACCUCCUGCCGGGAGCCAGCAAGUCGAACAAGCUUCGUACAAAAACCCUACGAAACACGCGGAACCCCGUCUGGAAUGAGACCCUCAUCUAUCAUGGCAUCACAGACGAGGACAUGCAGAGGAAGACCCUCAGGAUCUCAGUCUGUGAUGAGGACAAAUUUGGCCAUAACGAGUUUAUUGGUGAGACCAGAUUCUCGCUCAAGAAGCUGAAGCCCAACCAGAGGAAGAAUUUCAAUAUCUGUCUGGAGCGGGUCAUCCCAAUGAAGCGUGCUGGGACCACUGGGUCCGCCCGAGGCAUGGCCCUGUACGAGGAGGAGCAGGUGGAGCGUAUUGGUGACAUCGAGGAACGUGGCAAGAUCCUGGUGUCCCUCAUGUACAGCACCCAGCAGGGAGGCCUUAUCGUGGGCAUUAUUCGCUGCGUCCACCUGGCUGCCAUGGAUGCCAACGGCUACUCAGACCCGUUCGUCAAGCUCUGGCUGAAACCAGACAUGGGAAAGAAGGCCAAACACAAGACUCAAAUUAAGAAGAAAACCUUGAACCCUGAAUUUAAUGAGGAGUUUUUCUAUGACAUCAAACACAGUGACCUGGCGAAGAAGUCUCUGGACAUCUCGGUCUGGGACUAUGACAUUGGCAAAUCCAAUGAUUACAUCGGAGGCUGCCAGCUGGGGAUCUCGGCCAAGGGCGAGCGCUUGAAACACUGGUACGAGUGUCUGAAAAACAAGGACAAGAAAAUCGAGCGCUGGCAUCAGCUACAGAACGAGAACCACGUGUCAAGUGAUUAG